AUGACCGAGGGAUUCACUCUCGCUUCCUUAAACCUCCCUCUUGUUCUUUCUCUCACUCUCGUUCUUUUCAUCUUUUCUCUUUCCACCUCCAUCUAUUUACAUAUCUUUCUUUCCACCUCACUCCCCUCCCACAUAUCUCACUUUCAACCUCCCUCUUUCCCCCUUCCACUUUUUACCUCUCUCCUUCCACCUCCCUCUUUCCACAUCUUUCUUUCCACCUCUCUCUUUCUACCCCUCUCUUUCUACCUCUUUCUUUCCACCUCUCUCUUUCCACCACCCUCUUUCCACCUCUCUCUUUCCACCUCGCCCUUUCCACCUCCCUUUUUCCACCUCUUUCUUUACACAUCUUUCUUUCCACCUCCCUCUUUCCACCUCUUUCUUUCUACCUCUCUCUUUCCACCUCUCUCUUUCCACCUCUUUCUUUCCCCCUCUCUCUUUCCACCACCCUUUUUCCACCUCUCUCUUUCCACCCCCCUCUUUCCAUCUCACUCUUUCCUCUUUCUCUUUCCACCUCCAUCUUUCCACAUCUUUCUUUCCAACUCUCUCUUUCCUCCUCUCUCUUUCCAUCUCCCUCUUUCCACCACUCUCUUUCCCCUCUCUCUUUCCACCUCCAUCUUUCCACAUCUUUCUUUCCAACUCUUUCUUUCCACCUCUCUCUUUUUAUCUCCCUCUUUCCACCCCUCUCUUUCCCCUCACUCUUUCCACCUCCAUCUUUCCACAUCUUUCUUUCCACCUCUCUCUUUCCACCUCUUUCUUUCCACAUCUCUCUUUCCACCACCCUUUUUCCACCUCUCUUUCCACCUCCCUCUUUCCAUCUCACUCUUAUCCUUUCUCUUUCCACCUCCAUCUUUCCACAUCUUUCUUUCCACCUCUCUCUUUCCAUCUCACUCUUUGCCCUCUCUCUUAACACCUCUCUCUUUCCACCUCCCUCUUUCCACCUCUUUCUUUCCCCUCUCUCUUUCCACCUCCCUCUUUCCACAUCUUUCUUUCCACCUCUCUCUUUCCACCUCCCUCUUUCCACCUCUCUCUUUCCACCUCUGA